UAAAAACAGAAGACGAACAAAGAGUUAACAGAGUCAGACUCUCCUCUUUUUUUUAUCCUCUACGACAUCUUCUCUUCAACGCUAAUGGAUUCGCUCAGUACCCAAAAGUCUAAACCGAGAAAGAUGAAGGCUGUUGCGAAGAAGUCUCGAUUUCAAGUAAUCUUGGAUUUGUUUUACCGAGUGAUCGAGAUAACUGUAGUUGUGGUUACAGUGGCCAAGCUCUGUUACCAACUAGUCAUCAUGUUCGAGGACUCUGGUCUCACACGUUUUCUCAUCAACCGCCACCUUGCUUUCCUCUUGGGAAACGCGAUAGUCAUCUCAAUAGUCGCCAAGUGCGGUCUCUUUGCGAAUCAAGAACCAGAUGCACCACGGAGAAACACCAAUGAAUUUUACGACGAGUUUGUCCGGGAGAGCUCAAGAAGAGAGCAGAGGGUACAUACGGAUUUGAUAUGCAGAGAAAAACAGAGCAGCGAAGAUAAUAAACAGAGCAGAGAAGAGCAGAGCAGCGAAGAUAAGGAACAGAGCAAAGCAAAACAGAGCAUGUUGGAGAAUAGGGCAAAACAGAGCACCCAAGAUAAGAGAGAGGAACAGAGUACUGACAAGAAGGACAUAACUGUGAAGAGAGGCAGACAAAUCAUUACCCAAACACAGGAAAGUCCAAGGAAGAGCUACGAAAGGAGUGGGUCAGAAAAUCUCGAGGGCUCGAAGAAGAGUUCUUGUGGAAGACUGAAGAGAUCAGAGACUGUUGAUGUUUCUGAUGAUGAACUCAGGUACAAGAUCGAGUCAUUCAUUGCGAGACAGAGGAGGAACCAAAAGGAUGAAGAGUUUUGUAUUGUUUAG